AAAGGCAGCAGCGGUCCAGGGCUCUGCCACCAUUGGUCUCCGUUCAGACAUUUUAAACAGAAUUUAAACGAAUCGUCCCAGUCCAUUUCACGUAUACCUUCGACUGGGAUUCCACCAUCGCUGAUUCCUAUUUACGUUUUUCUCUGAACCGGAAGACCUAAAUGAAAUCAAAGUUCGCAGGGAGGUGACAUCUAGCUACUCCACACCUGACUUCAUUGAAUUGGGUUUUACAACAAUUAGCAUUUGUUUUGGUCCCAUCCUGACACAGUAUUAAACACGCCCAACUUUCAGUCAGAAGCAGCUGGACUCACUCGUAUAAAUCUGCAGGCUUACGGUUACGAGCUGGCGCAGGUUGUGGGUUGUCCGUGGAUAAUGCGAGACAGUGGCGGUAGCCUGGCCCAGAACUGCUGGCAAGGCGACCUGGGUCUUACGGCUGUGGGGCAGGAUGAUAUAGGGGGAGGUGGGAUUCCUGGAGACCACCUCAUAGUCCCAGUGUCAGGUCACAGUGUACAGAGUCCCAUGCACCUCAGACUGGGGCAGAAAGAGAAAGUAUGGACACGCAAUGUAGAUGAGGAGGAGGAGGAAGGGGGUGGUAUUGAGCCAAUAGGUGACGAGGAAGAAGAAAACUAUCUGGAUGGGGAGGACAAGGGUGAGUUUGAAGGCAAAGAUUGGGAUAACAUUGAGGAGGAAGACGAAGAAGAGGAGGUGGAAGAGGAAGGAGACCAAGCAGAGGUGCAGUGGGAGAUCCCUGACUUUCCUUUUCAGUCCACCCAUCACUCUAAUUCACAACAACUUCAACAUUAUGGACCACAACAGAAGGCAGAAGAAGGUUGUGUUGUCAAUGUAGAGGAGACUCUCUCCCAGGCCGGAGUAGGGGGCUUGUUCAGGCCCCACCUCAGCCGGUACAGGGCUCUGAGGAGGUUCAGGCGCUGGCAGCGUUUGCGAUCUCAUGGAGGUCUUCAAUUUCGGUUAAGUCAGCACUGGAAGAGCUGGCGCCAGCGUGCUCAGUGGAUAUGCUUUCUAGGGCACCAGUGGAGUCGGAAGGGGAAAAGCUACAAUCUGUAUGGAAAACAGAGGAGGAUAAAAAGGUAUCAACAAUCCCCCUACACAGAUGGAGAGGAUGACAGCAACAAUGAGAGGUUCAAAGAGUCUGACAAAGAUAACCAAAUAAAUGGGCUCUCUCCAGACAACCAAGAGGACAGAGGGAGAAGGGAAGCUGUUGUCAAACCUUUGGAACUUGCUCUCAACGAAGAACACAUGAGCUGUGUGACAGGUAUUCUCGAGGAGUCUCUACACCAGUAUGGCAGUUUGAUCCCCAUCCAUGUGGAUGACAUCGUGGAGAAGCUUCAAGACAUCUUCAGUGAGAGCUUCUCACAGCCGAACAGGAAAGCAUUGGUUCAGCACCUAAUACAGUCCUUCCAGCGUUCAUCAGGAUCAGCAUUGGCUAAAACAUUUCGAGUCAACUACAAACGCCACGUUCUGACUAUGGAUGACCUGGGCACUCUGUAUGGACAGAACUGGCUCAACGACCAGGUUAUGAACAUGUAUGGGGACCUGGUCAUGGAUUCUGUGCCAGAGAGGGUUCACUUUUUCAACAGCUUCUUUUAUGAUAAACUAAGGACAAAAGGAUAUGAUGGAGUCAAACGGUGGACAAAAAACGUGGACAUCUUUCAGAAGGAUCUGUUGUUGAUCCCCAUCCACCUAGAGGUUCACUGGUCGCUGGUCAGUGUUGACAUUCCUCGUCGAGCCAUCACCUAUUUUGACUCUCAGCGAACCCUCAACAGACGCUGCCCGAAGCACAUUUUUAAGUAUCUGCAAGCAGAGGCCAUCAAGAAAGACCAACAAGACUUUUUGACGGGAUGGAAAGGCUUUUUUAAAAUGAAUGUGGGUCGUCAGAACAAUGACAGUGACUGUGGGGCUUUUGUGCUACAGUACUGCAAGUGUCUGGCACUUGGGCAGCCAUUCAGCUUUGGCCAACAGGACAUGCCACGGCUGAGGAGGCAAAUGUACAAAGAACUAUGUCACUGCAAGCUCAUUCUGUGACCAACCCCCUAAAACCAAGCCCACCAUCUCCAGAUGCUCCCACCCCUAACCCCAACAAGAUGGAUGGACAAUGAUAUAACAAGAAGAGGACAAUGAGCAUAUGAUUGACUGGAAAAAGACAAACUUUUGAAAAACGUUAUUUUUCUCUGCCAAUAUCCAGAGAAAUUACUUCUACUGUAGGUGAUGUUAUUAUUUUGCUUUUUUGUCUCCCUUUGCUUCCCUUCACCCCCCCUUUGAACCCUCUGAUUUCAUUUCCAUGGUUAUUCCUUUGUGGUUGACAGAGGCCAAGACUAGCUUCCGGUUUGGAAAUGUGCUCAUCUUCCAUCUUUUUGUAUACCAUAUCUAUUUUUCUGUCUGAAUGGGAGCAUGGAAAAAAGAUUAUGGUUGGCUUUUUAAAGAAUCCAGCCCAGAUGAAGGCCUGAAUCACAAUUAGUCUGACUGCUACUUAAACGGAAGAUGCAUAAAUAGUAAGUGCAGAGGUGGUGUGAAGAAGAUUUGAACAAGUCUGUGUACGCUUGUUGUUAAGUAGUACCAGUGGAUUUCCGUGCCUACCAUCCAUCCACUCUAUACAUCAAUUGUGUUCCAUUCCAAGUGUUCAGUCUGAAACUCUGAGCCAACGUCUUUUGAAGAAAAAGUAGAAAUACACUCCCCCAUGCUACAGUCAAUGUUAUGUUGAAGAUGCAUUCUAGUCAGCACAUAAUGUUUGCCGCUGUAGUGCAACGUGACAUUUCCAAUGUAUAAUAUUUGCUUAUUCAUUUUCUAGAAGAUGUUAAGAUGGAUUUAAACUGAUUCUGAAAAUGGAAACAUGUUGACGUCCGAAAAUGGCAAAACAAGCUCUCCUGGUGCUUUUUUUUCCCUGAAGGAAACAAGUAGUAAAACAUAAUCCUUGAAACACGUUACAUAUUGACUCUUUUUGCCAGAAACCUCCUCAGCCACCAUCUUUAUUCCCAGUCAUACAAGUGGAACAUAUGCACAUGGGAGAUUAGAUCUGCAUCUGUUGAUCA